GUCUACGUCAAAAAUUUGGAAUUUACUUCGUAACGAACCUUCAACGAUUCGGAUUUGACCGAAUUUAUCACGAUAUGAUUUUAACACGUAAGACCGGAGUCGAAAUGUUGGAAACUCCAAUGACUCGACGGUUCUGUGAAUCCCGCAUCAUGACGGAAUAUCACCUACGGAAGCCAUACUUCAUUAACGCCAACGACGACUUGGUACCUGUCUGUUCCCAGGGCUCCGUCCCGAACGACGAAAUGUGGAAAAAAUUUGAACUUUAUUUGACCCCUCCAAGCUCACCCCCAAGAGAAAACGAUGGCCCCCAAGUUCCGGAAAUAGAAUCGGAUAGCACCUUCGCCACCUUAACUUCCGGGUUUGACUUCACUAACUUGGAUUUGGACUUUGACCCCAAAGAAUUUGAAGACAUGCUGAACUGUCAAGGCGAAUUGUCUUGCAAAGACAAAAUUGUCUGCGAUUGUCGCAGCGAACAGCUUAUCAAAGAUUGCAUGUGGAAUGGCGUUGGACAUAAAGCCUCAGCUGGCUUUAGAAACAUAAGAAAUAAUCGCCGUUCAUCUCCCGCUACAUCCCACUCCCCAUGUCACGCACACGGAUGCGUCGACCCAAGGAACAUAUUCCCGUACCCAGUUGGACAACCGAAUUGUUGCGAAAACCAACGAAUGAAGAUUCCGUCGCCGGCCCCCGUCUCCAUCAGACACCGACCCCCAAUGGAUGGAGCAGAGACACCUAGCGACUCAGAAGAGGAAAUCGACGUGGUUACAGUUGAAAAGAACAGUACCGUGUUAAAAGCAAAGAACAAUGUGACAAUCGGACAAAAAGGUGUGACACCCGGGAAAAAGAUUCUGGCUACGUUAGUUCCAAAAGAAAACGGAAAAUUAACCCUCGUAACGAACACUAGCGGCGCUACAAACUUUAUCAGAAAGGGAGUAAAAACCAUCACCCAAAAUGCUGAAAUGGUCGAACGCGGUAGGGCAAGGAGUAAAUAUCAACUUGUCAAUGGAAAUGGGCAAAAUAUCCCUCCUCGCACAGUCAUGGUGGUCGAGAAAAAGGCGCAAAAUUUGAAAGAGAAAUUCGCUACAGCGACUGUUGGAUCAAAAAGGCGCCACACAGUGGAAGAAACAGCAUGCUGUGUCACGAAAGCUCAGCAGCCGGUAAUGCAAAUGGCCAACCCGAAGUUAGUAAUGCAGAGGAAUAACUCAGUGUCCCCCGUUUCCAGGACGGAUGGGAAAAGACGGAUUUUGUCUUUAGAUGGAGUCUCAUUCUGCGCAACCAACGGCGUGCGUCAAUACAACACCGAUUACAUGCGUUCCAAAGACGGAACGAAAAUUGGGGGAACUCCAGAAAAAGACUCCGUAAAAAUCAAGCAAGUCGUGUUACCAGAAGUGACGUCAUCAUUUAGUGACGUAGUGAGCAAAUUCAAAAUCACGAAACAGAAAAUACCUAUCGGAGCAGCUGUUAAAGUCAAAGAGGAACCGAACGAGUUUCGAACUCGAAUUGUUGGAUCACCACAGAACAAAAGAAAACGUAAAGCUGAGGCAUUGGCCAGCGUGCUGUCUUCUGGAAGUGGAUCGGACAGCGAGCAAAUACGUGCGGCGCAUAACGUACUGGAACGUCAACGUAGAGAAGGUUUGCGCGCGUCAUUCCUGACGUUGCGUGAUAACGUACCAGAACUCAGAGCAAUGGAGAAGACUCCCAAAGUCAACAUUUUAAACAAAGCGAGGGAUUACUGCUUGGAACUCCAGCGAGACGAAAAAUCACUGACGAUCGAGAAAGAUCGUCUCAUUCGUCGUCAGCAACGGCUGCAAUCUCGUCUCGAACGAGCAAGACGAGCUGUCCAAUCCAUUUCCUCGCCACCAGAAAGCGAUUUAGAAUCCGAAGUGGAAUUAUCCGGAAAUAACAACAGCUCCCCAAUUGUAUCACUUCCGCCUUCUCCACCAACUGGAUACAUCCCAAGCACGAAUUAUUACGUCACAAACAAAAGGUCACCAACAGAACAACAACAACACGAAGUCGUCUUCAGGUUGGAAUCGGCAAAAAACUCUCGCCAAAGAGUCAAAAAUACUGAUUUUUCUCCUACGGUAAAGCAAGUCAAAUGUCAGGCAGACCUACGAGCGAUUCUGGCAACGCUACAGAAGGGGACAGACACGAACUUACGACUUUCGUUUCAAACUAGUGAUGUUCUUUCCGACGGCUUUGACUGCGGUGAUAGCGAAGAAGAGCAUUUAAGAACUUUAUUUAAAUUUCCCGCGCUUUUUAGUGCGGCCGCCACGUACCCCGUGAAUGAGCACAACCCCGACUGA